UGUGCCCCCCUGCUCCGGGCUAGAACCGCCACUGCUUUAAACUUGUGGUUUCGAAAGCGGUAGUCCGAUAGUCAGACCACGUCAGACCACCGGUCAGACUACUGAUGUCAUCAAUUGCGACGUUGCCUUUUUCACUUCAUGGCUUGUAAAGUAAAAAAGGUGGCUGUGCAGGCAGGUACCCUUACCUGACAAUCAAAAAUGUACUAGAUCGUUGGAAAGAGAUGGAAAAUAGAUCGAGUAGUAAUCGCAAAAGAGACAUAUGCUAUAAGUUCGUCCAGAAUAUUCCAGAUGGAGAUAGUGCAAUCGGACGUCUUAUUUUAGUUUGACAUUCGCACGUCGUAAAGUUUUUUUAGAGAAAGAGAAAUAGAAACGCUGUUCUUGCAAUUUUUAGAAAUUUGUUAAGUAUUAUUAUUGUUGCUGUUUGGAGAAAUAACGGGAAAAUUCUGUGAAUAGUUCGUAUUAAAGAAAUGUCCAUAUUUGGACCUUUGAUGGGAGAUAUGGAAGACGAUCCUUUCUUUGGGUGUCAUAUGCGACACAUGCGUCAAAUGAGCAACAUGAUGAAUUCACUAUUUUCUGAUCCCUUCUCAAUGUUGAGACCACCAAUGUUGGGAUAUGAUGAUUAUGAAAACCGGGCUCUGACUAGUCGCCACAACAUGCACAAUUCACUAAUGUCCCCAUUUUCUAUGCCAAUUAUGCCAAAUUUUAACAGACUGCUCAGUGGAUCCUUAGACUCUAUGGCCAAUACUGGAAACUACCACAGCUCCAAUACUGGAAACUACCACAGCUCCAGUACAGUGAUAAGCAUGACAUCUGGACCUGAUGGUCGUCAACAAGUGUACAAAGCAACUUCUAGUACAAGAGUAGCACCUGGAGGUGUCAAAGAAACCCAGAAGACAGUUACAGACUCAAUGACAGGCACUAAGAAAAUGUCCAUAGGCCACCAUAUUGGUGAAAGAGCUCAUAUUAUAGAAAAGGAACAGAAUAUUCAUACAGGUGAAAGAGUCGAAAGCGAGGACUUGAUAAAUAUUGAAGAUGAUGAGAAAGAAGAAUUCAACAAUGAGUGGGAAAGUAAAACACGGAGAUCUGAAAUUCCCAGAAUAACAGCAGGUUCAUCUAGAAAUCGUCAUGGUUCAUACAUCCAUUCAUCCAUACCAGCCAUAACAGCAGGAUCAAGUAGUCGUCGACAUAGGGACAGAACCGUACCAGCUACGUCGCCAUCUGUGAUAUCUUCUCGGAGAGGUAUACGUUCGCCAAAGUUAGCGCUGCCUUCGACGAGCGCUCCUAGGUAUUCCAGACAUUAAUCUAAUUAAUAUAACCAAGUCCACAACCCAGUACAAGAUAUUUCCACUGCUGCUGGUAGGCACCCUUAUAGUUCCCCCAAUCAACCACAACAACCGAAGAAAUCAAAAUCAUUGAAAACUUAUGAAGAAGAUCCUUCACCACCCCAGGCUGACAAUUAGAUUUAUUCUUAUCAUCGUUAGAUUAUAGUAUUACUAAAAUAUAGAUAUUUUACUAGAUACAUUUCAAACUGUAAUAACGUAAAUAGUUCGUUUGAAUUCAGGUCUCAUUUAUUUUUAAAAUCAUCCUAAAGUUACUCACUGUAAUUAGGGGUUUUCUUUUAAUUAUAUUCACUGUACCAUGUGGCUGUUUUCUUCGGAUUUACUCAAGUUUGGCAAGUAAAAAUGAUUUAAUGGGCUUCUAAAAAUGUAUAUUUUUACCAUAUAUCAUAUACUCAAAAUUAUUACACAGAAAGUAAAAUGUAUUGAACAAGAAUUUGUAAGAAAAAGUAAUGAACACAAUAUCUGGAGCAACUUCACUGAAAGCUUUAGGUCUCGGAAUAUUACAAAUAAUUGACUUCUUUCCUUCUCUCUAUUGUUCAAGUAAAGGCGGUAUUGUCAGAUCUUGUAAGUCUAAUAUCUUUAUUUUAGAAAUGCUAAAAUAUUUACGUUAUUAUAUUUGAAGUAUAUCUUCAGGCACAUUCAAUUUAUUUUUGUAGAAUGGUCGCCCUUUUGUUUUUUUUUUCCAAAAAUUAUUUGAUUUUUAAUAGUUAUUGUAUGUGGUCGAUUUUGUAGUAAGGUAAAUGAGAAGUGAACGCAACAGUGUAAAAUUAUAUUCUUACUUUAAGAUGUUUACAGAGCAAUUAUCGUGUUUCCAAUGACUAGAUGUGUACGGUCAUCAGUUUACCCCAAAAUUUAUUGUUCAAUGAAGAACCUAUUGAAAUAUAAUCUGAGAUUGCUCUGUGCGAUAUCUUUUAUUAUUCCAUUUUGUGAUUAAGUUUAUAUUUGCUUAAGUAUGUGAACGAGAAGAAUUAUUGAAAAUAAAAUUUUGUUCAUAAUUUUUCGAUUGUCUUAACUAUUUACAAAAAUUAGGGUAAAAAUUCUGUCAAAAUGUUGGAAAUAGAACCAAAAUCAACAUGUACUUUUCACAACAAAAAACAUCUAAAUAUUGAUCAUUUUUCUUGCUCUGCUGGGACUAGUUUUAUUAUAGGUUCUAUCUCUACCACAACCUUUAUUAUGUCAACUGCACCGUAACAUCAAAUAUAUGUAGAAUACAUAAAAUAAGCCAUGAUAUACUGUAUUUUGAUCUCUAACUUUGUUGGUAGAAUUUGUACAUAGUGUCCAAAAACGUUGAAUCAGGUGAGAAAUAUGAUAUGACUUUGUUCUAAAAGAUGUGGAAAACUGUAAAGUGCGCAUGUCACAAUCUGUAUAUUUGUUCUGCUCGAAGAAGUGAAUCUAAAUGUCUCAGCAAUUUACCAAAUUCGAUGCCCACUUUUCCAACUUUUCAAUUGUUGAUCCUGCUAUUAUUCGUCGACAUUCAAUUUUAGGUUAAACAAACAGCAUUGUUGCUAAAACGUGAGAAUGUGUAUGUAGAAAAUAGUUUUUUCAUUGUUUAUGAGGUGAGCACCUAAAUGGGGAUAUUUUGUUAAUGAUUGUAUAAUGUAUUGUGUGUUAAUUUUAAGUACAAUGAGGUUAAUUCUCCACUAUAUCCAUUAGAUUAGUGUUAUGUAAUAAAUCGUAUCUGUACCGAUCUAGGUUUAAAUAAAAUAUAUUCCAGAUA